AUGGAUAUUCCGGUUACGGAGGAGAGAAGAUCCUCGUCCUUUGCCGGAAAGCCACCACACGCCAUCGCCUUACCAGCUGAUGACGCCAUCAAUAGUGGUCCAUCUUCUCCGCUUCUCGUCAGAGUCUCCGUCUUCGAAACAGAGCAUGAGACGACGAAGCUUCACCACGCGCCGUCUACUUUGCUCGGAAAACCCACCGUAGACGACGACUUUCCUCCGAUUCAAAGCUUCGAAGAUGCUAAGUAUGUCUGUGUGGUAGAAUCAUCCAAGCUCUGGGUAAUCGCUGCACCGAUAGCCUUCAACAUUCUUUGCAAUUACGGAGUUAAUUCCUUCACAAGCAUCUUCGUCGGCCAUAUCGGCGAUCUCGAGCUCUCCGCCGUCGCCAUCUCUCUCUCCGUCGUCUCCAACUUCUCCUUCGGUUUCUUGCUAGGAAUGGCAAGUGCGUUGGAAACGCUAUGUGGACAAGCGUUUGGAGCGGGACAAACGGAUAUGUUAGGCGUUUACAUGCAGCGUUCAUGGCUUAUCCUUAUUGGAACAUCCUUCUGCUUGCUUCCACUCUACAUCUACGCAACUCCUCUUCUCAUUUUCCUCGGCCAAGAACCUGAAAUCGCAGAAAUCUCCGGCAGGUUCACCGCACAAAUCAUCCCUCAGAUGUUUGCGCUGGCAGUCAAUUUCCCGACUCAGAAGUUUCUCCAGUCGCAGAGCAGAGUCGGGAUCAUGGCCUGGAUCGGUUUCGUCGCUUUGACCCUUCACAUUUUCAUCCUCUACCUCUUUAUAAACGUUUUCAAGUGGGGACUAACCGGCGCAGCGGCUGCGUUUGAUGUCUCGGCUUGGGGAAUCGCGAUCGCUCAGGUUGUUUAUGUUGUCGGGUGGUGUAAUGACGGUUGGCAAGGUCUGUCUUGGUUAGCGUUUAAAGACGUUUGGCCGUUUUUGAAACUGUCGUUUGCGUCUGCGGUUAUGCUUUGUCUAGAGAUUUGGUACUUCAUGACCAUCAUUGUCUUAACCGGACAUCUUGAAGACCCUGUCAUAGCCGUUGGAUCUCUCUCAAUCUGUAUGAACAUUAACGGAUGGGAAGGAAUGUUGUUCAUAGGAAUCAAUGCAGCUAUAAGUGUUAGGGUGUCGAAUGAGCUAGGAUCGGGACAUCCACGAGCUGCCAAGUACUCGGUGAUUGUGACGGUGAUCGAGUCUCUCAUCAUUGGAGUGGUGUGUGCAAUUAUAAUUCUCAUAACAAAAGACGAGUUUGCAGUGAUAUUUACGGAAAGCGAAGAGAUGAGAAAGGCGGUAUCUGAUCUUGCUUACCUUCUCGGUAUAACGAUGAUUCUCAACAGCUUGCAACCGGUUAUAUCUGGUGUUGCAGUAGGAGGAGGAUGGCAAGCAUCGGUGGCUUAUAUAAACUUGUUUUGUUACUACGUUAUGGGAUUACCUCUAGGGUUUUUUCUAGGUUAUAAAACAAGUCUUGGCGUGCAGGGGAUAUGGAUUGGUAUGAUAUGUGGGACUACUCUUCAGACUCUGAUCCUUUUAUACAUGAUUUACAUAACCAAUUGGAACACAGAGGUCGAACAAGCAUCACAGAGAAUGAAACAAUGGGGAGCUGGAUAUGAGGAAAUAGAAAAAUAG